AUGAACGUAUUAGACGAAAAAACGCGUCGUGUCAUGACGGCGUCUUAUGCUAUACCAGAUCUCCAGACGGCGGUGCAGCAAGACGCACAUGCAAAGACAAUCAAAUUGUCGGUGGACAUUGAAAACGCAUCGUUAUUGGUUGUAGACGAUGGCUGUGGUAUUCAGCCGGAUAAUCUAUACGCUUACGUUGGGGAAUGUUAUGCUUCGUCAAAGCGUCCAAUACCAAGCGGGAAAGACAAUCAUCAGAAACGGCAGAAGCCGUACGGUUGUCGCGGUGCUUUUCUUUACGAGCUAAACUCACUCGCUACUACUGUUGAGAUUGAAAGUCGCGUACAUGAACAUUGGACUUGUUAUUGCAAAGUCUUUAAGGAAGGAAAAGUUGUCUUUAACGCCAAAUCAAAGAGUCUACGCAAGACACCUGGGACAAAGGUCAAUGUGAACAAUCUGUUUGGGAUGCUUCCUGUGCGGCGUAAGCAUCUAUCUCGCAACAUGAAGUAUCAAAAUCGAGUGAUCCAAAGUAUACAGAAUUUCUGCGUAAGCAUGUCGAUGAUAUGGCCAUCAGUAUCUUUUGACAUCCAAUUUCGAGGUGGAAGAGUUAGACCGGUAACGAUUCCUGCAGCAAAGUCCUGUCGCAAACGUUUCCUCGAGCAUUUUGGGCAUCUACUUGGGAAUCAGCUGCAGUACGUGAGCUUUUCAUCGGAUCCUGUCCAGUUUUCAGUUCGAGGAUACUUUGCUUUCAUUUUUGGUGCAAGCGAAGCAAUGGGACAAGGAAUUAAGCAGGCCAAAAGCUACUAUCAGUUUUCGUUCUUCGAAAACGAAUGGGAAGAAGAGUGUCAGCAAAUAUGCUCGCGAACGAUAACAGAAGCUGCUUUGGAGUUUUUGUCAGCGAUUCCCAUUUUUGUUCUGAAAGUAGAAGCAGCCAGCGAUCAGAUUGAUACUUGUGGGAUUGCAAGAAAGGAGCGCGUACGCUUUAAGGCUCCUGAACAGUUCCGCCAGUUUCUUGUCAAGUUUGUUCAGGAAUUGGCAACAGCUGAAGCAAAUCAAGUCAAGAUCCAAGAAUUGUUCAUGCAUCCAGGAUCCAGCAAUCAGUCAACCUAUGACCCGUUGCCAAACGAUUGUGAUGCUAUGCGGACGAUCCCUUCCUUGGACAACACUACGGCAACCCACAGCUUUGAUAACGAUGCACAUGAGAGCGUCGAUUACUCUUGGUACGACGAAACUGCGGUAUCGUGUUUGGCUAAAAAUCGUACAAUGUGGUCUAGCAACUUGAGCAGAAGCGACUACCGGUGUCAAGCAUGCAGUCAUGUCAACAAUGACAGCAAGAAUACUGGGCUCGAUGAAAACAACAACGAUUUCUGCAAGGACCUUUACGGUUCACAUGCAGCCGGUCAAGUGUCAGAAGCAUCACUUGACUUCACCUCUAACCUUGCUCAAAACUAUGCCGGCACUGACAGAAGCGAGGGUGAAUUGGAAGACGUGUUUUUUUCACAUGAGUCAUCCCUACAGUUUUCUAAGCUGACAAAAGAAGCUGGUGAUGUUGAGGAGGAAGAAAUUUGGGCUUCCGCGAUACCAUGGUUAAGCAGCAAGCCAGAUACGUACGACUGUGCAGAUUUUCUGUUGAACUUGUGCGAGGAUACUCAGCACCAUGAAAAAAUGAUAUGCUUGGGGGAAGAUAAGCAGCAGACCCAGGAUCCCCAAGUAAAGCUUGUUGUCUUGGAACAAAGGUGUGGUAAUAACAACACGUGCCCAUUACUCCACGCACCAGCGGUUGUUGGCACCACGUCAAAGUAUUUCACGAUGCGUACGGUAGAGCCAUCAGCAAACAAAUACUUGAAACGUUGGCACGGCUUCAAGGUGGGUCCUGCCAAGAAGUUUGCUGCAGCGUUGCAUGUCGACAAUAUUCGAGUGUUGGGAGGAGAUCGUACGAUCAAAAUCGAAAAGUCUACACUUGCACAGUUGCAGGUGAUUUGCCAAGUUGAUCGCAAAUUCAUUCUUGUUCAAGCAGACACGUCUCGAGGCAAGUUGCUACUUUGCAUUGACCAGCAUGCAGCAGAUGAACGCAUACUUCUAGAAAAAUUGGAGGUGGACAUGUUUGGACACGAUGGGUCGCUUCGUCAGGUGGAAGUUCAUGACCAUGAUCCACCGCUGGUGCUACAAGUGAAUUCAAAAGAACGCGAAGCACUGGAGUACAACGAAAAGCUUGUCAAAGCUUGGGGUUUUGAGUUUGAAUUUGUCUCACCUAAACCAAAGCAGGCCUUUGUAAACGCGUACAAUCAAGCCACAUUUCACGAAGGAGACCGUGUCAUGCUGUAUGCUACUCCCAAGGUAGAGAAAAGAGUCUCCAACACGGACGAUUUUCGAGACUUUCUCCAGCUCCUGUCGAGUGCUAGAGAAACGUAUCUGCAUUCGCGGAUUCGGCCUCCGGUCAUCACUAGAUUGCUACACUCACGUGCGUGUAGAAGCGCAAUCAUGUUUGGUGACCGACUUAGUUUAACACAGUGCAAGGACCUUAUUGCAGAGCUCAAGAUGUGUCAAUUACCAUUCCAGUGUGCUCACGGCCGCCCAUCGGUUGUACCGCUCGUCGAGAUUUGCAAUGGCAACCUUACUACUAGUUUGCAACGAAAAUCAAGCUGA